AUGACAAAUCUUCGACCUCAAUUAUAUUAUCCAUUUAAAAAGAUUAGUCCUGCUUCAAUUUCGAAACAAUUUCAUUUUUCAAGAGUUUCGGAGAAACGUAAUGAAAUAGAUAGAGAUCUAAUAUUAGAAGUCUUAAGCACUGUCCCUAGUCCAAGAGAAGUCAAAUCAUAUAUUAAGCGCUUUACGGUUCCCCCCAUUAAAGUAUCAAGACCUCCACCACCACCUUUACCCUCAUCACCAUCACUGAAACCUGAAAAGCAAGUUCAACAACAGCAAAUUCAACAAGAACUAAAAGAAAAAUUUAUUGAUGAAUUGUUCUCAACACGAAUUGAACAUGUUGCUUUGAUAAAGAUUCAAGGACCAUUUACCCCUUUAGAUUUAAAAUAUGUAGCCAAAACAUUAGUUCAUUCACAAAAAUUAGGAAUGAUGUUAAUAGCAAUUUUGGAUAAUGAUGAAUGGAAAGAAAUGUUGAAAGAAGGACCAUUAAAAUUUAUUGAAUUAAAAAAAAAAAUGAUGGAAGAGGCCGCUAAAAUCUCUGAAGCAAUUGAAAAUGUUGGAGGAAGGUCAACUCCCAUAUAUGAUGGAAUUUUUACACUUACAAAAAAAAAUGAUAUAAAUAAUUAUAAAAACGAUGCACUUAUUGGGCGUACAUUACCUACUGAUGCUGGAGCGAAAAUAAAUGUUUCAUUAAAUUCACCUAAAUCAUGUAUUAAUUUAGGACAAAUUCCACUUAUACUUCCUAUAGCUUUAGAUGGAUUAUUAAUACAAAGAACAAUUUCAGCAAAUUCUGGAAUGAUAGAAUUAUCACGCGCAAUAUCAAAUUCGAAUUUGAUAAAUUUUAAAACACCACAAGUUGUAUCACAAGUUGAACUAACGAAAAUCAUAGUAAUUAAUUCAGAAGGAGGAAUCCCAUCAGAAGAACGUCGAGGUUCACAUGUAUUUAUUAAUAUUCAACAAGAAUAUGAAAGUAUUAAACAAAGUUAUAAAGUUAAUCCUCAAUGGAAGAUUACACAUCCAACCGGUUUUGAAAAUUUAAAAAUGAUUAAAAGUUGUUUAGAAAAUCUUCCUUCAACUGCAUCAGCCAUUAUGGUUCCAGCCUAUUCACCUACAGUCUUAAUAUCAAAUCUUAUUAAAGAUAAACCCGUAUUUUCAUCAUCUUUACCAUUAAAUGCAUCAAUUACACCUUCUACCACAACCACGGUUUUACGACAUGGAUUUCCGGUAUAUUUUCAUGAUUCAUUGAAUACCAUUAACGUAAAAGCUUUUCAAUCUCUCAUUGAAUCAUCAUUUGGAAAAAAAUUAAAUUUUGAAAAAUAUUUUGAGAGAUUAAAAAAUUGUUUAAAGCAUGUUAUUGUUGUUGGUGAUUAUCAAGGAAUUGCGGUGAUUACUAUGGAAGAUAUCGAAGGUAAUAAUGAAAAAGAAAAAGUAAUUUAUUUGGAUAAAUUUUCAGUGACACCUAAAGCUCAGGGAGUAGGAGUUGCUGACAUAUUAUGGAAACAAAUGCAAAUAAGAUAUCCAAAUUUAAUGUGGAGAUCGAGAAAUGAUAAUAAUAUCGGAUGGAAAUAUGCGAGUUCCCGGAACAAAUUGGAUGAUAUUUUGGUAUGGAAGUGA